GGGGUCGGAAGUAAACGCAAACUGCCGUCCUCGCGACAAUGUACUACUACAAAGAAGCAGUAGUAUUAAUUAAAAGUAUACUACUAAAAUAUCUUUCAGGGAAAUGUGUGUGCUUUGAUGUAAAUCCACUGGCUCGCGUCACAAAGAGGUGGAAAGUGAACGUAAUGGGACUCCCGUCGUCGUGGUUGUGCCUUCAGCUCUUCUCGCGUGUCGUCGACGCGUCACGUCGCACAACAGCGCCGCCCUCUCCUGCGACGGCCGCUGUCGUCCACUACACCUGCCCGGUGGAAACAGCUCCGGCGGUGACAAGCGCGGAGGAGCGUCUGCCGUCAGUCCUCCAGGGCGCCAUCCCCAGCGACCGAUGCCGAAUGGCCCUCCCCUCCGCACACGGCCAUGUAAGCGAGGAUGCGACUGCCUAGCUCCAUCUUUGUGUCGGUGUCUCUGUUCACGGCCGAGGCCACUGCGGCGAUCUACCUGAGCUCGACGUACAGUUCGGCCGGGGACAGGUUCUGGCUCAAUCUCACCCUGCUCUUUACGCUGCUGCCGUCCCUGCUGGUGCAGCUCACCCUCAUCUUCAUCCACCGGGACCUGAGCCAGGACAAGCCGCUCCUACUGCUGCUGCACAUCCUGCAGCUCGGACCCAUCAUCAGGUGUCUGGAGGCGUUCUGGCUCUACGGCAGCGUGGGCCGCGUGGAGGAUACUUAUGUCAGCAUCACCAGGAAGAAGCAGCUGCACCGCACAGGCUCCACGGAGGAGGUGGAGCACCAGGUGGGGCAGGCCGAAGGCAAGCUGAUCACGCACCGGGCGGCGUUCGCACGCACCUCCGUCAUCCAGGCCUUCCUGGGCUCCGCCCCCCAGCUCAGCCUGCAGCUCUACAUCUGCGUGAUGGAGCGAGGCCUGUCUGUGGGACGAGUCACUCUGAUGCUAAUCUCGUUGCUCUCCAUCGUGUACGGAGCGAUGCGCUGCAACAUCCUGGCCAUCAAAAUCAAGUACGACGACUACGACGUGAACUUGCAGCCCAUGGCCUACGUGUGCAUCUUCCUGUGGCGCGGCUGCGAGAUCGCCACCCGCGUGAUGGUGCUGGUCCUCUUCAGCUCCGUGCUGAAGAAGUGGGUGCUGCCCGUGAUCGCCGUCAACUUCUUGGUCUUCUUCUUCUACCCGUGGCUCCUCUUCUGGAAGGGCCACUCGCCCUUCCCGGAGAACAUCGAGAAGACGCUGUCGCGGCUGGGCACCGCCGUCACGCUGUGCAUGCUCACCUUCCUGUACGCCGGCAUCAACAUGUUCUGCUGGUCGGGCGUGCAGGUGAAGCUGGACGACCCGGACCUGAUCAGCAAGUCCCAGAACUGGUACCGCAUGGCCGUGUUUUACAUGGUGCGCUUCAUCGAGAACGCCUCCAUGCUGCUGCUGUGGUACAUCUACAGGACGGACUUCUACCACAUCCUCUGGGUGCCGCUGCUGAUGCCCCUGCUGCUGGCGGCCUACGUCGCCGCCAUUUUCUUCAUGCUGAUCUUCUACCAGUUCUUCCACCCGUGUCGGAGGCUCUUCAGCACCAGCAUCAGUCACGACCUCAGGGACUGCUGCGCUUUUUUCUGCCUGACGUGCAGGUCUCCGGAGGAAGGCGACAAGCCUCGCAAGGCGCCUGGGGCCGCCGACGUACGCUGCGACAUUCCCGACGCGGCAAACGGCAACAACAGCUGCACUUUGGCGCCAUAAAAGUGCCACGCUGGUUUCUCACUAUGUUUACAUCCGACCUUUUUUUUUUUAUCAGCCUCAAUACAAACAUGCACCAAACCCUGCAUCACCUCUCCUGUAUGUGACAACAAGAGAUAUGAUGCCUGAUUGUACUGUUACGAGGAGCAAAAUAUGUGAGUAUUGUUUUUUUUUUUUUAUAUCUGUGAGGCCAUGAGUCACAGAUGCUCAUAAUUGCUCAAGCUAGAGCUGGUCAACUUUUCUGCACCAAACUUUUUAUGUGCACAGGGAACUGAAAAUGGCCUCCCCUCAACUAUUUUUCUGCAUGCGUCACCAUUCUGUAUUAAUGACAUUAAUGCAAAAAUAAUGGAAGAUGGUUUUUUUCCCAACUUUCCCAAAACUGUUCCCACAAAGUUUCAAUCAUAACCCCCCUUGUUGAUACUACCUAGAAAAGCCAACAUUUAAAAAAUAUCGAUCCGUAUUUGAGAAUGUGCGUGAACAGCACCAGUGCACAAUGUGGAUGCUGAAUUCGAUUUUCCAAUGUUCAGAAUCAGAAAUACAUUAUUAAUCCCCGAGGGGAAAUUAAGGUUUUCAGCACAAUCCCAUUCAAGGAAAAAUAUUUAUGCCUUUUUUCCCACUAUUCUGUAAAGACAGCCCUAACAUAAAACGUGCAAAUGUUCCCACAAAGUUUGAAUUAUAAACCACAUUAACACGGCAUAAAAAAGGUCACAUUUUUUCACUAUUUUGUAUAAAAACACGGAAUCGCACCUGCUAGUGUUCCCCAAACUGCUCCCUCUAAAUAUGAAUUCAAAGUUACUUUAAUUCUGCCUGUAAAAAAAUGAUAUUUUUUUGUGUGUAAAAGACAAAGGAAGAUAAAAUGCCAGGGGCCGUACUUAUCAAGCUUCUUAGAAUUACUCCUAAGAAGUCUGCUAAGAGUUGACUUAAGAGUAAAUAAAUUCUUCGCUGAAAGCUGCACUUAAAAGUUAGUUAUCAAGCGUCUUACUCACACUUUCAGCAAAGUGUAGGACUGAAUCUUAAGUGUCACACUCAGAGCUGAAUUACGACAUUACUAUGUGCCGUAAACGGAAUUUUAGGUGACGUCAUUUCUGUGUCCAUAGAAAUGACCAAUCACGGAAGGGAAUCCGUUGUCUAAGAAUAAAGAAAUAUCUUGGAAAUAUUUAAGUGGACAAUGGGAGUGUAUAUUUUGACAAUAAACUACAAAAUAAUACAAAACAAACUAGUCCCCGCCGGCACUCACGCUACCGCUCCCUCUCUUCUCUCGCCCACACACUCACUGACGUCACUCACCUCACGGCCACACACAUACGCUACUGUCAUAACAUUUUCUUUCCAAUUCAUUAAUUAGGCAACUAAUUUGAAACUUGUGUGGGUGGCUCUAUAUAUACUAGCCCACUGCAGACACAUGCAGAAAUCAACAAGGAAUCGAAAAGUAUUAAAUCUGUGACAAAAAUAAUAUCCGCUCUGUCUAAACGAUACCGUUUGAUCAGCUGCUCGUCAUCAAAAAAAACAAAACAUUGUUCCGUUCCCUGAACGUUCGCGCACGUCUCUCUCGCCUCAGUGCCAUCCCCUGCUGGCAACUCCUAACCACUUAAGACACCUCUGAAGGUCUCUUAAAUAUCGUGGAGAGUAGGAGUGAUUCUUAGACUUAAGAACGUUGAUAAAAAGCUUUUAUUCUUAAGUUUGAGAGUAGGACUAAAUUUCGCAAAUUCUCAGGACUUAAGUGUAAAAUGGCACUCUAAGAAGCUUGAUAAGUACGGCCCCAGAUCUUCUGUUGCGCCUCCUGAUUUUCCAGGAAGUAUUUUAAAAAUGAGUCCAAGUUCUGGUUGAUGGAUGAAGAGACCUGUCCCAAUACUUUUGCUCAUAUUUAGCAUGCAGAUUUGCGUGCAUGAAGCCUCCUCCUUUCUACCUUUUUAUCGAUUUUAUGGCUGCAGGCAACCAACGAUGAAAGCUUUAUAAAUACUUGCUAAUGUUGAGUUCUGAAAAAUCAACAAAAUCCUGUAUAAAGUGCUGGUAUUUUUGGCACCAACUACUCCCAAGCAGGAAUUGAGACUGAACAUGCUUUGUUUGCACAUUUCCACAUUAAGUUUGCCAGCUUUUUAUGUCAGUUUGUAUGAACAGAAAUUACCUUUGUACUGAGAAAUGUAUUUUUGAUUUGUUUCUGCAUUUUUGUUUUUAUUGCAGUUUUUUGAAAACUCUACUAGAUGACAUAGUGUUUAUUGGAUGACAUUCCGAUAAAGAAAUAAAAGGUAUAUUUAUACUAUACUGUACUUUAAAAGGUAAGGUAAACACAUUCUAUGCUGACCUCUAGUGGACUAAAGCAAAACUACAGACUUAAUAAUACAGCCCCAGUUAAAUGCUUUUAUUGUGAAAUAAAAUUGUAAAAAAAUGGAUAGACAUAGUAUAUAUACACUAUAUUGCCAAAAGUAUUUGGCCACCCAUCCAAAUGAUCAGAAUCAGGUGUACUAAUCACUUGGCCAGGACACAGGUGUAUAAAAUCAAGCACUUAGGCAUGGAGACUGUUUCUACGGACAUAUGUGAAAGAAUAGGCCGCUCUCAGGAGCUCAGUGAUUUCCAGCGUGGAACUGUCAUAGGAUGCCACCUGUGCAACAAAUACAGUUGUGAAAUUGCUUUGCUCCUAAAUAUUCCAAAGUCAACUGUUGGCUUUAUUAUAAGGAAAUGGAAGAGUUUGGGAACAACAGCAACUCAGCCCCGUAAACUGACAGUGAGGGGUCAGCGGAUGAAGAGGGGGCCGACUUUCUGCACAAUCAGUUGCUACAGACUUCAUGUGACCUUCCAAUUAGCCCACGUACAGUACGCAGAGAGCUUCAUGGAAUGGGUUUCCAUGGCCGAGCAGCUGCAUCUAAACCAUGUAUCACCAAGUCUAAUGCAAAGCGUGGUAUGCAGUGGUGUAAAGCAUGUCGCCAAUGGACGCCUUCUCUGGAGUGAUGAAUCAUGCUUUUCCAUCUGGCAAUCUGAUGGACCAGUCUGGGUUUGGAGGUUGCCAGGAGAACGCUACAUUUCAGACUGCAUUGUGCCGAAUGUGAAAUUUGGUGGAGGAGGAAUUAUGGUGUGGGGUUGUUUUUCAGGAGUUGGGCUUGGCCCCUUAGUUCCAGUGAAAGGAAAUUUGAAUGCUCCAGGAUACCAAAACAUUUUGGACCAUUCCAUGCUUUCAACCUUGUGGGAACAGUUUGGAGCGGACCUCUUUGUCUUCCAACAUGACUGUGCACCAGUGCACAAAGACAGGUCCAUAAAGACAUGGAUGACAGAGUCUGGUGUGGAUGAACUUGACUGGCCUGCACAGAGUCCUGACCUGAACCCGAUAGAACACCUUUGGGAUGAAUUAGAACGGAGACGGAGAGCCAGGCCUUCUCCACCAACACCAGUGUGUGACCUCACCAAUGUGCUUUUGGAAGAAUGGUCGAAAAUUCCUAUAAACACACUCCGCAACCUUGUGGACAGCCUUCCCAGAAGAGUUGAAGCUGUAAUAGCUGCAAAAGGUGGACCCACAUCAUAUUGAACCCUAUGGGUUAGGAAUGGGAUGGCACUUCCAGUUCAUAUGGGAGUCAAAGCAGGUGGCCAAAUACUUUUGGCAAUAUAAUGUUUAUAUAACAGUAGUACACAACCUUUGCUAAACAAAAUGGAAAAAGAGUUGUGUAAUAAGGACAAAUUCACCUUUAUUUUUCUGUAGAUACUAAAUAAAAAAAGAAAUGUAUUGGUGCCCCCUACACAAAUUCUGACAAGUAAAUAAUAAAUACUUUUGUAAGUUUAAAGUAUCAUAUAAAGACAUUUAAAGUACUCUGGUGUGUUUUCCUAAAUCCUGCAGUGGUUUCAGUCUUAUUUUAUUUAGGAAUGUAAUGAUGGAGUGCUUACAUAAAGCUGAGGGAUUGCUGCACAAGUGUUUGAUUCUUAGCUGACCACAAAGUAACUCCUGAAAGUUGGGAGUGAUCACACAAACGAGCAACACGCUGCUUCGUUGUUGCCCCCUGAACAUUCUUACUUCCAUUUCCCUGUAUUGGAAACAAACUACUACCAAAGCUGACGACCGUCCUUGUUCUUAGGAUGGGGUCACGGCUGCAAAGCCACAGCAAAGACGCCGACGACGCAAUACAUGGUGCGGUUUUCCCAUCGGACUGUACAGCUUCCUAAAAGACAGAAACAGAAGCAACAUCUACAGUAACCAAAGAUCAGCGAUAUAAGGCAAGGAAACUUGAUUUAAAACGCACAAUUCAUACACAAGGCCUGUCAAAGGGCUUUACAGAAUAUUAAAAGGCAAAAAAAUAUAUAUAAAUCAUAUUUCAGAUAAAAGUUUGAAAAUACAAUGAUCAUAAAAACAAUCAUACUCAAAUUUAAAAUGGAUCAAAUACAGUAGAUAAAAUACUUUCAGUUGUCAUAUGCACAAUUAAAUAAAAGUGUUUUCAGCCUGGAUUUGAACAUUGCCAACGUUGAGGCCCGUCUCACAUCUUCAGGAAGACUAUUCCAUUUUUUAAGAACACAAAACCGAAACACAGUUUCACCAUGUACAAUCCUGAAUCUAGGCACCAGCAGGAGAGAGAGAGAGACUUUUAUUAGUAGGUUGCACAGUACAGUACAUAUUCCGUACAAUUGACCACUAAAUGGUAACACCCGAAUAAGUUUUUCAACUUGUUUAAGUCGAGGUCCACUUAAAUUGAUUCAUGAUACAGAUAUAUACUAUCAUAUAGUAUAGGAGUUCACUCCCUGAGGUUCUCAGAGCUGGAGAUGGUUCAUAUGUCUCUAACAUGUCAGAGAUGUACUUUGGCACAAGACUACGAAAAGACUUGUACACAGGGAGAGCGGGUUUAAAGUCUAUUCUCUGAGCAGUGACCUGAAUACUGGACUAAUAUGGCUGUUUUUCAUGUGUCAAGUCAGGACUCGAGCAGCAGCGUUUUGGCUGUACUGCAGCUGCUUUACAGGUCGUUUAGAAAGCCUAGUGAGAAGGCCAUUACAAUAGUCUAACCUGCUGGAGACAAAGGCAUGCAUUAGCCUUUCUAAGUCUGAUUUAGACAUUAUUUCUCUGAUUUUGGCAAUGUUUUUCACAUGGUAAAAAGCUGCUGGUGUUAUUGACUUAAUGUGGCUGUUAAAGUUCAAGUCUGAGUCCAUUAUUACUCGUACAUUUCUGACCUGAUUAUUAGGUUUCAGGGAGAGGGUCUUAAGGUAACUAAUAAUAGUUUCCCUUUGCUUCUGUGUGCCAAGGACAAUGAUUUUAAUUUUUUCCGAGUUUCGCUGAGGAAAAAUUGUUUUGCAUCCACACACUGAUCUGUUCAAUACAGCGACAAAGUG